UCGCUGCUUUCUGUGAUGUCCAUUUAUGUGUUGAUUAUGGAGCUGUAGCCUAGGUGUCUGACUGGUAGCUGUCUAGGUGAGCUGGAUUUCUGGCAAAGCAUGUGAAAGGAAAACACUUUUAAUACGGUCCAAGUAGGCUUUUAAUGGGAUAUUUGUAAUGAGCCUAGAGCAGUGGUUUCCAAACUUUUUUGAAUCACGGCGCCCUAGAAUAUCAGAUUUUUUUUCACGGCACCCCUAGGCCAAAAGUUUCUUAUUGAGAAAUUUAGAAAGAAAUAUUACGUUAAGUAGAUCUCAUUUAUAUGUCAUCCCUAGGGUCAGUUGUGUGGUGAGGGACAAGAUUUGCUUCUGUUUGACCAUAUAUUUUAUGAUUGGCAGCCACUAGCACUAGUUUUGCCUAUUAUAUUGACCAUGAAUAAUUUGAAUUGGUCCUGGACCACCAACCCAGGGCACCCCUGCAAAUGUCCCCAGGGAGCCACGGCACACAGUUUGGGAACCUCUGGCCUUGAGAUUGGCGAGGUAGGAUAGGGACAAAAGGAUUUGUGGAAGCAAGAAGUAGGUGAAAUUCAAAGUGAGAGGAAACCUAGAACUAGAGCAGAGUUUAUAAUGGACAGAAAUAAAGAGAAAGGCAGAUGGAAUAAUAAACUUGUAGGACGCAGAUAGGAAACAUAGCUAAGAACAGAAUAGAUGACACACAUGAGAAAGGGCUAAAAGUGGAAACUGAGUUAUUAAGGAGUGAGAAGAGUAGUAACUACAAUGGACAGAUUAUACGAAUUUAGUAAAGAAUAGCGAGUAGAGAACAAAUGGAUGAUAAGAUGAGAGCUGAUGAAUGGGAUAAGGAAGAAUAAGCAUUGAUGGGAAAAGUGUAGAGAGAUAGAGGUGUAAUGUGAGGGUUGAGUGGUGGGGGCGCGACAUAACAGAGAGGGUAAAAUUGGUGUAAGAGUUUGGGACAGUGUGGUAGAUUGCGAUCAAUGGGGGUCAUUCUGAGUUGAUCGUAGCUGUGCUAAAUUUAGCACAGCUACGAUCAUCUUCGCUGACAUGCGGGGGGACGCCCAGCACAGGGCUAGUCCGCCCCACAUGUCAGUCCGCCACACAGCGGAGAUGCUUUUGUAUUUGUGGAGUAACUCCCGGCCAGCGCUGCUCCUGCGGCUGGCCAGGAGUUGAUUGUCGCUGCCACUGGCCCUAAAUGGCGCCUCAGAGGCGAUCGUUAGGCAACAACGGCUACCAUGCGCCGGCGCACACGCAGUUCCGACCCGAACGCUGUGCUGCGACAAACUGCAGCGAUCGGGUCGGAAUGACCCCCAAUGUGGGCUAACAAUUAGGGUAUAUGUAAAUCCUGUGUGUACAGGGUUAAUUAAGGUUGUAAAAUAAGGAGCAAUAAAGUAUACACAACUAUGAAAUAGUGGUUUAUGCAUUACCCCUAAGAGCGUUGCGCUGGGAAAAUAAACAAGAAACUAUUCCUCUGAAAUGGUUCUGCCUCUCUUUAGUUCCCAGUGUCCUGCACACGACUCGUGCCCUUACUAAUUAUGUAUGUAAUCACAUAUGUCGAAUCUGCUUCUUGCCCUUACUAAUUAUCUGAAAUGUAAACACACAUGUAGAAUCGGCUUCUUGCCCUUACUAAUUAUCUGAAAUGUAAACACACAUGUAGAAUCGGCUUCUUGCCCUUACUAAUUAUCUGAAAUGUAAACACACGUAGAAUCGGCUUCUUGCCCAUAUUUCACCUGCACCCAUUUGCACAUUAUGACAAGGCAGAGAUUGUCAGGUUCCUGUAUAUUUUGUAUGACACUUGAUAUGUAUACACAAUGUCCCCAGGAAAAAUGCAGCUGUAGAUAUGGAUGCAUAAGUAAUGACCAGUGCUUAGCCACAGAUUAAAGUUGUUUGUCAAACUAAAGCAGAUUAUCUGUGCACGUGACUCCCCUCAGAGAUCAGGAACUGUCCAGGGGGGGCCAGGGAAAGGAAUCCUGUCCUGAAUGUAGACUGGCGGAAGGCACGAAAUGGGAGCCACGAGCAGCCACACUAAGGGUUGUACCUCUUUGUCGCCCAACCCGUGGAUCCCUCCCUGGAAAGGCAUAUUAAAUGGUGACACCCUGGCUGCAUCCAGACUGGGCCAGCUGUUGGUUACAGGCCAGACAAUAAAAGAUAAGUUCCGAGCCACUCGUCAGGCUGGUGUUUCAGAGGAGAAACCAACCGAGCACCCUCUUCCUCAUUACAUGAAUUUAUUUCUCCCCGAGUUCCCCAUUUGGUCACCUGCUGCACAGCCAGAAUUAAAGAUUCUGGGGUGCGUUGCUAAAGGAUCCCUUGGUCCAGUUCUGAAGGUUUUAAACUGCACAGAGCAGAAGAUCUUUGCCUUAAAGGUAUUACCCAAAAGGGAAGUCUUGAGUCGUAACACACUGAGACAAUGUAAAGAGGAGGUCACUAUACAGCGGCAGGUCAAGCAUCCUUUUAUCCAGUGCCUCGGGGAGAGCUGGCAGGGACAGCGCCACCUCUUUAUCAUGUGCAACUACUGCAGCUUUGGGGACCUAUAUUCCUUGUGGAUGUCUGCCAAGUUUAUUGAUGAAGAUACAGUAAGACUAUUUGCUGCAGAACUAGUAUCCGUUUUGGUUUAUCUUCAUGAUUUGGGAAUCAUACAUCGGGAUGUUAAGAUGGAAAAUAUAUUACUGGAUGAGCGAGGACAUUUGAAGUUGUCAGAUUUUGGACUUUCCCGACAUGUUCCUUGUGGUGAGCGUGCCUAUACUAUAUGUGGGACUCUUCAGUACAUGGCUCCUGAAGUCCUCUCUGGGGGUCCUUAUAGCCAUUCGGCUGAUUGGUGGUCCCUAGGUGUCUUGCUAUUUGCUCUGGCAGCUGGAAAGUUUCCUGUUGCACCUGCCAGAGACCACAUGAGCAUGCUGGAGAGUGUCAAUAACGCAACAUAUGAUAUCCCAGAUACUCUAAGCAGAGGACUGUCACAUCUUCUAAAGGAGCUCCUAUGCAAAAUCCCAAGACAGAGGCUGCACUAUCUCCAUCAGUUCAAGAGCCAUAUUUUUUUCAGAGGAAUAACCUUUGAUCAUGCAUUGCUCCAGAAAUUCCCAGUUGACCUUGUCCUCACCAUGCGUGGAGCAGAGGUUACAGAACUGCCAGAAUUCAACCUUUUUGAAGACUAUGAAUGUGAUUUAACAGAAACCCUGCAGUUUCCAAGCACAUAUACUGCAUGA